UGCAAUAAAGCACAAAAUAUGGUAUAUUUCAAGGCAAGGGAGAAUUAAUAUUGGAAAUUUUUGAAAAAAAAGUUUAUUUUCAGGAAAUUUUCCUUAUCUAACAUGUUAAGACUAAAAACUAACAUAUAUUAAUAUUUUAAAAACUAUACUUAAGUAUGUAUUGUGAUUAAGUAAGGGGAAAGAAACAAUUAUAAUGGGCUUGACAAUAUGUAGCUCAGUGGUAGAAUAUUUGUAUACUAUUCAGACACAAAGUAUAAAAUUUAAAGGAAAUAGACUUUCUUUUUUUCCUAGAUCUGACAUAAAGUAUAAAAUUUAAAAGGAAUAGACUUUCUUUUUUCCUAGAUCUGACAUAAGCCUGGCUGAGGGUAGGUAAGAAAUCAACUUAAGUAAAAUAUAGAAAAUUCUAGAAAACCUAGAUGGGAAACUUCUCCAGUCAGUCAGUAACUGGACUGGAGAAACCCAGCGAAGGUUCUGCAACUCGUGCAGGAAGUUCCGCAAUCAUGUAGGCAUGCGCAAAAGAAGCUUUCUUGAUUGGUCUGUCGCAGUUUAGUGACGCAUCCAGUGGCGUAUCCAGUGGCAUGCCCAGUGAAAUGUCCAGUGACACGCCCAACGCAUGCGUCUUGUCCUCCGGAAACACCUAUAAGCGUCUCCGGAAACGCCUUAGUGUCUCAGACGACGGCCUGCUUUUCUCAGAAGCGCACGGUUUUCGUCACGCUCUCUCGGCUGUCUCCCACCUGCUUGCUACCCAGGACCGGUACGCAGGUCUCCGCCAUGGCCUCAGAUACAGAGAAACUUAUGUGUCUCACCACAGAAAACGCAGAGAUUCCCGCUGAUUUUGUGGAGCUGCAGCCGCUCGAUGAAAUCGAGACGGUUUCUUUGGAAACCAAUGUAAGCCAAACCAUCGAAGUGUAUGGAGAUGUAGGUGUUGAUUGGGCGCAUGGUGGCCACUACCACUCUCCUCUUAUUGCUCUGCAGCCACUUGCGGGCAGCAACCUGAGUAAUGGAGAUCAUGAUCAGGAAAUGAUUAUCGUGCAGACACGAGAGGAGGUGGUGGACUACCAAGACUCAGACAACCUACUACUCGGUACUGAAUUUGAAAGCCAGAUGGUUUUGCCAGUUAAUGAAGACGACUAUCUCCAGCCGACCACUGCCACUUUUUCUGGCUUCAUGGCGGCAGAGAAUGGUCAAGAUGAGCUCAGCCCCUAUGGAGGGAAUCUCUGUGGUUUGACGACCAUUAUCGAGGCCGGUGCAGAAGAAGGCGUGAACCCUGACCUGGGUGACAAACAGUGGGAGCAGAAGCAGAUACAAAUCGAUGGUCUUGAUGGAGAAUUUCCCUUCGCCAUGUGGGAGGAUAAUAAUUUAAAAGAAGAUCCCGUGGCUGAAGAAGAGGCUGGUGAGUCAACCCCCGAUUAUUCUGAGUAUAUGACAGGAAAGAAAUUUCCUCCUGAAGGAAUACCUGGCAUCGAUCUUUCUGAUCCCAAACAACUGGCAGAAUUUACUAGCAUGAAACCCAAAAAGCCAAAAGGAGACUUUCCAAGACCGGUAGCAUGCUCUCAUAAAGGCUGUGGGAAGAUGUUCAAAGAUAAUUCUGCUAUGAGAAAGCACCUGCACAUCCAUGGGCCUAGAGUACAUGUCUGUGCAGAAUGUGGCAAAGCUUUUGUUGAGAGUUCGAAGCUGAAACGUCAUCAGCUGGUUCACACUGGAGAGAAGCCCUACCAGUGUACCUUUGAAGGCUGUGGGAGACGCUUUUCCCUCGAUUUCAAUUUGCGCACACAUGUGCGAAUCCAUACUGGAGACAAACCUUUUGUGUGCCCAUUUGAUGCCUGCAACAAGAAGUUUGCCCAGUCGACAAACCUGAAAUCGCAUAUCUUAACACAUGUAAAGAACAAGAAUGACCAGUAAAAAGAAGUCAGAAGAUCCUUUUGAAGCCUGGGAAGUAUUUUACAGUAAUGUGCCUGGGAAUAAUAUGACCCUUGUUUGAACAGUUUCUAGGAAAGUUAUUGCAAAUGAAUUAUGCAUAUCUGAGGUUUAUGUUUUGAUAGAGCAAAAGUUAAGUUAAAAGUUUUAUGUUGAUAAGAUGCUGUAUUUUAUACUAUAGUGGUGUUUUGGGGGAAUUUCGUUUCAACAGGGAACUAAUUCACAAGCCUCAUAUUGCUAAAGUUGGCCUGAGUUCUUUUUAAGCUGGAGUUUUUUGAGAUACAUGGUUUCAACAAGAGACUAAACUAUGAACCUCAUAUUCCUAAGAUACUCUAUCUUCUACAGUGGUAAUUUUAUGAAACUUGGUUUCAACAAGAGACUAUUUCAAGAACUAGAUAUCCCAAGAUGACCUGUUUUAUUCUGCAGUGGUAUUUUAUGAAACUUGCUUUUGAUGGACUAAUUUAUGAACCACAUUGUUUCUAAAAAUGAUCUGUGCUAUUUUGCACUGAAGUUUGAGAUUUCAACAGGAGACUAAAUUACAAGCCCUGUUGUUCCUAGAUGUUCUAUGUUAUUCUGCGAAGUGACUUUUUGUGAAGUUUGGUUUCAACAGGGGACUAAAUCACAAACUUCAUAUUGCUCAGGUAUCCUAUCUUCUGCAAUGGUGUUUUUUUGAAGUUUGGUUUCAACAAGAGACAAUUUCACGAACUUCAUAUGUUAAAAUGGUAUUUUUAUGAAACUUGCUUUCAACAAACUUCAUUUUCCUAAAGUGCCCUGUAUUACUCUGCAGUAGUGUUAUUGUAAAGUUGAUUUUUACAUGAGAAGAACUCAUGAAUCUCAAAACGUAAUGUUGCUAAUAUGCUCUGUUUUACUCUGUAGUGGUGUUUUUUGAAGUUUGGUUUCAACAGGAGACUUAAUUCAUGAGCUCCAUAUUUUUGUUAAGAUGUCCUGUCUUACUUUGCAAUGUUUUUUUUUUCUGUGAAAUAUGGUUUUGACAGGAGAAUAAUUCAUGAAAUUCAUGUCAAAUUACAUUUCUUUAUACAACUUUGUGAAAAUGGGACUUUGCAUUCUCAUAAAUAUGAAGUUUACUAUGUUUUAAAAUUGUGUGUUCUUUUUUUAAAAUUGUGUGUUCUAACUGCUCAUGUUUAUACUUUUAGGAAUAUGUUUAGUAAUUAUAUAUCUGAUUUCUGUGGAGUUGGUGUUUAUAAGUCUUUAAAGAAUUGACAGUUUUAUGCGUUCAUAUAAUUCUGAUAAAGAAACUUUAUAGGUUUGUUUGCUGUCUUAAGUUUGGCAGUAUUCUUUGAUACCAAGACAUUUUGUAUAAGUUUCUUUUAUCUGUAUUAUACAGUAUAGAACGUUAGAUGACAUAAUUUUAUUAGCCAGUUUAAACACCUUUUAGUUAUUUUAUUCUAUCCCCUAAAAAUACUAUUUAGAGUGCUGUUGUGGAGUGUAAUUUCUUUAAUUAAUUAAGAGUAGUGCUUGAUUACAUAAAACCUUAUCUUCUAAUUGAUUGCAUGUUUGAUAUAUACUUUUGUGUUAUAGAAAAAGCAAAAAUAAAACUGUUUGAAGAAUUAAAAA